AUGGGCCUCAUCCGUCGAAGAUUGAUCCUACCUCUACUAUUAUCGUCAAUUUUCCUCCUCUGCCUGCUUCGUUCGAACUCGGUGAUCUCCAAUGGCUCAGCAUCUACUCACCGGCACCGGCAUUAUGGCCAUUGGUGGAAAGAAUAUGCCCAAGACCACCCGGUUACCUCGAUGAUCCCCUUACCCACGCAGUCGCCGGCCGAUAUUCCUACUAUCCAGUACGCCUUCGAGGAAGAAGAGGCGGCCGCAAAGGCAGUAAGGGAAAAGAGGAGAGACGCAAUAAAGUCGGCCUUUUUGCACUCCUGGAACGGUUAUAAGAAGCAUGCCUGGGGAAUGGACGAAGUUGGUCCACUCUCCGGGAAGAGCAAAGACACCUUUGGCGGAUGGGGGGCCACCUUGAUCGACAGUCUGGAUACGCUUUGGAUUAUAGGGUUGAAGAAGGAGUUCGAGGAAGCAGUUGUUGCUGUCUCCCGUGUUGAUUUCUCCGCAACCGAGACACUAACCCUCAACAUCUUCGAGAUCACGAUUCGUUAUCUCGGCGGCUUGCUGGCCGCCCAUGACUUGACGAAAGGGGCCUAUCCGGUCCUUCUAGAAAAGGCUGUUGAUCUGGGCGACUUACUGUACAUUGCAUUCGACACACCGAAUCGAAUGCCUGUCCUUCGUUGGUUCUGGUUAGCCUCCAAAGAGAAACGAGAUCAAGACGCUAGCAACAUCAACGUACUAGCUGAGCUGGGCUCGCUCUCCGUCGAGUUCACUCGUCUGACCCAACUGACGGGUGAUCCGAAGUACUAUGAUGCUAUUCAGCGUAUCACCAAUGUACUAGAUAAGAAUCAGGAUUACACUGCGCUCCCAGGCCUGUGGCCUAUUUCCAUCGACGCCCUCACGCCAAACUUCAUGUCCGAUAAUCGAUUCUCGUUUGGCGGACUGGCAGAUUCUCUGUAUGAAUAUCUGCCUAAGGAAUACCUUAUGCUCGGUGGAAGAUCAUCUCAGUAUCGUACUAUGUAUGAAAAGGCAAUCCAUGUGGCGAAGAAACACAUGUUCUUCCGCCCUAUGACAGAGAAUGGUGAUGAUAUCCUGAUAUCCGGUACCGUGCGCGCGAGAGGGAGGUCAAUAGACUUAGAGCCAAACAGCCAGCAUCUGACGUGCUUUGCUGGAGGAAUGGUAGCAAUCGGUUCUAAAAUAUUUGAUCGUCCAGAUGAACUUGACAUUGGCAAGAAACUAGUAGAAGGUUGCAUCUGGGCGUACAAGAGUAUGCCUUCAGGAGUCAUGCCAGAGGCCUUUCGCGCUGUCCCCUGCUUUGAUGAGCAUGUCGGAUGUAGCUGGAAAAUCCGAGAAUGGCUGAAUAGCGAAGAUGAUGAUCAACAGCCAAUAGAAGAACUGAAACGUCGAGCGAAGGAAAGGGGGAUAUAUCCAGGCUUCAAGGACAUAUCUAGCCCUGCAUAUCAUCUUCGGUAA